CUUGCACAGGAAGUAAACAGUUUAAGUACCUCCCUGCACAGGCUUGUGGGUAAAGAGUGGUUGGUGUUGUCAUUGUUGCUGGUGGAUCAUGCUGGGAAUCGGUGUGUGCAACCGAGUAUGUAACUUUAUAGCUCAGUUCUCAGUGCCUGCAGCCUCUGUCACCCGGGCACUGCCUGCUCCUGCACUGAGAUCUCUGCACACCACUGCUGCGGUGUCUGCAGACAAGGAGUUCAAGGACAGCAAGACGUUUGACCCUGCACUCUUGCAAUUCCUGGUUUGCCCUCUGUCGAGGAAAUCUGUAAGGUACGAAGAGUCCACUAAUGAGCUAAUUAAUGAUGAACUGGGUAUCGCUUACCCAAUUGUAGAUGGUAUCCCUAAUAUGAUACCUCAGGAUGCCAGAAUGAUUAAAAAAGAUCAGGAGCCUGUGGACACAAAUCCCACUUUGUAG